AUCUUGGAGUGAAUUUGCGGCGAUCGCCCACUCCUGGGAAGAUUGAGAACUCUCUUGAAGGCUCUCGAUUUGUAAACAAUCCUUCUCACUGUAGAAUGGUGAAUUUCAAAUUGUUUGGAGACGACCUUAUGAUGCUUUCCCAGACUGAAACAGAGCAAUGGUUACUUGUCUGAGUUCCUGGCUGACAUCCUCUUUCAUGGCAUGAUAUAGACACACUCUUAUUGCUCCGAACACGAAACCAAACAAAAGUUCUGCUUUUACAGACGUAGUUACACUUCUUGAUGAUUGCUAAUUUUUCUCUUAAGGGUGUCCAUAUUGUUUCCCAUCUGGUUUUGCUUAUUCAAAUAGCGACAUGAUUAUUAAUUAGGUUAAUUAAUGUUUUGUUAAUUGGCUGUUUUUGUCUGUGCAGAAAUGUACUAAAUCAGUGCACAGGUUUUUAAAUAUCUGCUUCUUAUUGGCUAUCACCAGGCGAGGGGGUGGGGCUAAUCUCAAACUCCCUUAGUGAGGAAAGCAGGGAGGAUAAAGAGAGUGAUUUAGGGCUAAUCUGAUUAACGCUCGGAGAAACGCUCCCUCGGUUUGAGUCGCACAGUCAAGAUGAGCCUCGCAACGCUUUCACCGGUUUCAUCAACGCCAGAUUAGCAGGUAUGAAAUUUAACACGUUUUAGUGACGUCACACAGCAGGGAGAUGAAGACGAGGCCGACGGGUGACACCAGCAAUGCGGACUGGAUGGGUUCCCUGUGUCCUUCAAUCACCGCCAUGCCACUUAAAUACCUCGCCGUUCCUGGUUCUCACGACUCCUUUAGUUUCUGGGUGGACGAACAGGCUCCGGUCGGACCCGAUCAGAAGGCGUUCGUCAAGCACCUAGCGUUCGUGUUCCGUCUGCUGGCCAAAAAAGUGAUGAAGAAAUGGUCCAUGACUCAGAAUCUGACCUUCAGGGAGCAGCUGGAAGGCGGCAUUCGCUACUUUGACCUCCGAGUCUCGUCUAAACCUGGAGAAACAGACCACGAGGUCUACUUCAUCCACGGCCUGUUUGGGCUCAGGGUGCGAGACGGACUCAGUGACAUCAACGCCUUCCUGAACGCUCAUCGCAAAGAGGUCAUCUUCCUGGACUUCAAUCAUCACUACGCCAUGAAUGACGAUCACCAUCGCUAUCUCAUUAACAUGCUCAAGGAUGUUUUUGGAUCGAAGCUGUGCAAGAUCAACGUGGUGGAGGACAUCACGCUGGACUACUUGUGGGAGAAAAAGAACCAGGUCCUGGUGUUUUAUCACCACCCGUCCGCUAAGAGCUGCCCACUGAUGUGGCCUGGCAGUAAAAUCCCAGCGCCGUGGGCCAACACCACCGACACCACCAAACUCAUCCAGUUCCUGGAGACCACGCUGGGCGAGAGGGCCAAAUACGGCAGCUUCCAUGUGUCCCAAGCCAUCCUCACACCUCGCAUCAAGACCAUCAUCAAAGGCCUUGUGCGGGGGCUGCGCAACUACCUAGUCGAGAAGAACUUGCCGGUCAUCAUGGCGUGGGUGGAGGCGCAGAAACCGGGUGUGGAUGGUGUGAACAUCAUCACCUCAGACUUUGUGGAGCUGGUGGACUUCGCCAACACCGUCAUCAGACUCAACGACCUUCUCCUCCCACCGAACCAGGCAGUCACUUGACCCCUACAGCACCCCAAGGACAUCGCAACCAAAGUCACGACACCACCAUGGAGUUUAGAAAUCACAUGACCAUCAACAUCAUCACUGACCUGCCGUCAUUUUCUAAAUUAUUGGCACCCUUCAUUAAAAUGAGUGAAUGUAAUUUUUUUUCUUACGUGGAAAAUUUUUUCUUAAGUCUUAUUUAUUUUUGUUGGUUUCAAAAUCAUCAGUGCAAUAAAUGAAUGUUUUUUGUUGAAAAAAGUCGUGUUCGGUUGCAGCCUGACAGAGAGAGCCCCAUGACAGCCAUAAACCCCUGUUUGGGCAAAGCCCUGUGAUGAGAAAAAGGCCCUAGGUUGAACAGAAGUCCCUCCUGGGCACAACAUGUGUUGAAACAUGUUGGGCCGAAGCCCCUGCUUGCCCAAAGCCUCAUGUUGCACAGAAGUCCUUGAUUGGCCAGAGCCCCACACUGGGCAGAAGCCCCAUGUUGGGCUAAAGCCCCAUGUUAGGCAGAGGCCACAUCUUGGGCAGAAGCUCCUGGUUGUUGGCCAAAGCCCCAUGUUGGGCAGAAGCCCCAUGUUGGCCAAAGCCCCAUGUUGGCCAAAAGCCCCAUGUUGGACAGAAACUACUGGUUUGCCAAAGCCCCACACUGGGCAGAAGCCCCAUGUUAGGCAGAAGCUCCUAAUUGGCCAAAGCCCCAUGUUGAGCAAAGUGGGUAGCAAAGAGGUCACUUGAUGUUUUUUUAAAUAAUUUUUUUAAUAUAAUUUUAUGUUAAAUCAUCUGAAAGGGUGCCAAUAAUUAAUUGGAGUUGACUUUAAAAUAGAUUAUUAUUAUUGUUGUUGUUGUUGU